GUUUGCAAACGUACGUAUAUCAUUAGGUGCCAGGUACCAGCUCACCUUGUAGUAUGUAGCUUGGCUAUCAAGCGCAUCUUCAGCAGAAAAGACGUCAAUAUCUACCUCGGUUCUGUUGUCCAAGUUCAAUUGCAGCUUCUCUGGGUCUAUCUAACGCAAAUGCCCAUCCCUUGGCCAUAAUACGAGACAUCUACAUACGAAGUAGAGGCUUGGCCUCCAGUUGCAUUUCCAUAUGGGUACGUAGGCUAGGUAUGGUUCAGGUAUUGGGGAGUCUACCGUCGACUCCCUGAGGCUAUGCAUAAGAUCUGCUCUUUGCUUUUUUGCGCGCCUUUUCUGAAUCGUAUUGUUGUAAUAAAGGUUAUGGGUAAUUGGGUGGCUGACCUUGUCUUGACAACCAGCCUUAAUUCCUUCCGAGCUACUUCAAGCUGGUCAGUGAGCAUCUUGUCAAUAUGCAACCCCAAGAGCCUAGAGUCAAUGUCCACAGUGGUGACAUGUUCGGGAACAGCAUUGAUGAACUCGUUGCAAAUUUCAGGAACACAUCCAACCUGUGCCAUGGCAAAGCCUUCACAUGGUUCUGGCUGCUCCCAGAAUAGCUGGCUGAUGAGCAUGGGAUUGAAACUACCAGGUAAUUCGCGGCAUUUGGAGCGCUGUAGAACUCGGAGGAUCCAGGUGCAUCCUUGCGACUCAUGGCUCUCGGGCCCGAAGCACUAUUGACGUCAAUUGGCUCUGUAUUAUGGGCUCCUAGCGAUUGCUUGUCUCUUGUAGUUGCGAAUAUAUCGUAGUUCGUGUCC